AUGUCUACCGAAGCAAGAGACACCAUCUACAUAGGCAAGAAGCCGUUGAUGGCGUAUGUUACAUCUACGCUCAUUCAACUGACUAGCUUGCCGGCCGUUAGCAUCAAGGCCAGAGGUCUGAGCAUCGGUCACGCAGUUGAUGUGGCACAGAUCAUAUCACGCAAGACCGGGAGCGCCGGAUACUCCAUCGGAAGCAUAACAAUUGGCUCUGAAAGUCUAGAGUCAAAAGACGGCAAAGCAAGAAACGUAUCCACCAUCGAUAUCGAAGUAAAGAGAAACACCUCUUAGACACUCUUUACUUGACAUUUUUUAUCCUAGACCGAGCCGUACCUCUCUUCCAGCUCUCUGAACUGGGAGAGAUCCACC